UGUCAGAUGAGCAAUUGUCUGGAGAGCAAUUGUCUGGUGAGCAAUUGUCAGAUGAGCAAUUGUCAGAUGAGCAAUUGUCUGGAGAGCAAUUGUCUGGUGAGCAAUUGUCAGAUGAGCAAUUGUCAGAUGAGCAAUUGUCUGGAGAGCAAUUGUCUGGUGAGCAAUUGUCUGGAGAGCAAUUGUCAUCUGACCAAUUGUCAUCUGACCAAUUGUCAGAUGAGCAAUUGUCAGGAGAGCAAUUAUCAGAUGAGAAAUUGUCAGGUGAGCAAUUAUCAGAUGAGCAAUUGUCAGAUGAGCAAUUGUCAGGUGAGCAAUUGUCAGAUGAGCAAUUUUCAGGUGAGCAAUUGU